AUGGCUACCGGCGGAUUAGCUGAAACACUUCUAGAAUUUGGUAGUGACGCCGUCGGUGAAAGGACCGGGAGCAAGUGUGGGCCUUGCCGUCGGCGAAACAGGUCGGAUGUGGCUUCAUUAUUCUGUAAUACAUGCAAGGAAUAUCUAUGCGAUGCCUGCUGUGAUGGACACAAGAUAUACAUAACGAACGUAGAUGAACAUCAAAUCGUUGCUUCCCAUGAAGCCUGUGUCAAGCCGAUAGUCGAUAUGAAGGGACUGGAUCAGUGUUUCAAACAUAAACGAGCGUUUAUGUAUCACUGUGAAGACCAUACAGAAUUGUUCUGUGAAAUAUGUGCAUUUCCUCGUCAUCGGAGAUGCGACAAUAUCCACGAAAUAGCAAACAUAGCUAAGAACGUGAAAGAGGAUGAGAGGAAAAAGAUACGUGCAUCCAUUAUCACUGCCUCAGAAGUAAUAAUGAAAUGCCAAGAGGAUCAAUUGAACAACAUUUCGCGAGUGGAAGAAAUCGUAAAAGAAAUUGAUUUUUAUAAAGAAGACUUAUUUACGAAAAUUGAGAAAGCCAAGGCGCAAAUUGUCAGCGAAAUAACAAACCAUAACACAUAUGAAAAUGAACGUCUAAAUACGAGGAGAAAUGCGGCUGAAAUCCUGAAGAAAGAUCUGGACACGCUCUUGGCAAUGUCAGAUAGCGUACGCGAGAAUGGGACGGAAACGGAAAUAUUCAUUCUAAACCACAUCCUCAAGAGUACGCAAGACAAGGCAUCACAAACACUGAACACUUUGUUGAAGAAUGAUUACACCGUCAAAGUGGGACUAAAAGUCGACAAAUUCAUUUUAGAAAUAAAAAGUACUGAUGCAGCAUUAUUUUUAAUAAAUAAAACACAAGAGCCAAACACACAAUCAUUAAAUGAAGACGAUAUAAUCAAGACGGCAAAAACCUCUACAGACAGGAAUAAAGUCAAAAAACGGCCGGUGAGUCUAGAGCUGUUAAAAACCAUAGAGAUCGUGAAGACAGGAGACGACAAAAAGCAGCCGUUUGUUACUGGACUGGACUUCCUGCCAGAUGGGAGGAUUGUCGCCGUGGAUGGCUACAACUUGAAAUGUUUUAUCUUGAGUGACACACUGAAGAGGUUCGAUGCAUUUUAUAAAUGUAAGACAUAUCCCAAUGACGUAUCUUCUUACUCUGAUAACAAUAUUGCAGUAACCGUAAAUGACCGAACCAUCUGCCUGCUGACAGUGGGCACUGACCACAAAAUCACGCUGAUGAAGACGCUGACAAUUUCCACCAACUGCUUCUCCAUCUGUCACCUGAACGACAGCACAUUCGUAGUGAACACUCAUGGCGACCCAAGGCCUGCCAGGAUGAUCGGCGUGGACGGCAAUGAGAGUGACUUUGACAACGUCAAGUUUCCUGGAAGGUCGUAUGAGAUUGAUGAAAGUAAAUGUACCUACAUACCAUAUGGGGAUACACUUGUUCUUACGGACAGGCAUGAUCACACAGUUUACAUGUUCAACACCGUGACCGGCAAAAACACAAAGAUAAAAGAUCGCUCGAUACGGGAACCGAGAGACGCAUGCGUUGGUCCCGAUGACUCCGUGUUUGUCUGCAGUGAGAAGACAAACUCCGUCAUCCAGAUAUCGCCCGACGGGGACAUAUUGGCGUCAUGUAACGUCGACAUGACAUUUCCGUUGGCCGUGACCGUUUCCAGGGACGGUUCCAGAAUGGCCGUGACCAACAGGGCGGCUCCAGGAUUACACGACAAUGCCCCAGCGCACAGGGCCCGGUACACAGAGUUGGAGCUGGAUGUUCUCGGGAUCGGCAGGUUGGAGCCCUACAGCCCAGACCUUGCGCCACUUGAUUUUGCGCUUUUCCCGGCCGUCAAAGCCCAGCUACGCGGAAUCCGAUUCGACGAUCUCGAGAGCCUACGUUGUCACGUGCAGACAAUUAUGUCUUAA